CACUAACCUAACCCUAAGUCCCGCCUUCUUCCACCUGCUUCCCAAAGCUAUUUAACGGUGUUUUUAGAGUGUCCGGCCGGGUGCUUGGUUUGUGACGAAAAUGGGACAAAGCUAAACGCUGCUGGGGCAUUUACCGUACUUCGGCAGAACCCUGAACCCUGAAUAUUCUCUUCGCGCCCUAAAAGUAAAAAAAGUAAGGGAAUUAUUCGCUUCUUCAUCUGCUGCAUUCCUCCUCCUCCUCCUCCUCCUCCAAUUUUUCUUCAAGCUACUAGGGUUUCAUUUUGAAGAAUGGCGCCCAGAAAGAAACUAACACGAUAUGAUGCCGCUUAUGAUCAUUUGGGGCCAUUAGGUCUAGGGUUUCCAAAGAGAAUGAUUCGGUCUAAAAUUGAUUCCCUUCUGAAGGUUUAUGGUAAAGAUGAAGGUUGGGUCUUCAUUGAGGAAUGUUCAUACAAGUUACUGAUUGACUGUCUCUUGGAAGAUCAAGAGAUGUUACUCUUAAAAGGACCAGAAGAUGAAGAAGACCUAGGGAACCUACUUCUGAAGGAAAAAGAGGAAGAAGAUGAAGACCAGCAACUUCUGGAAAACAAUUCAAGCAUUUUUGAAAAGAGAAUUACAAGGUCAUCUUCAGCUGCAAGGACAUCAAAAGCAAUCACUGUAUUUGAACCCAUUGGCUAUAAGUCUAGGACUGAGGAGGCGAAGAAGAGAAUAGAAGACAACAAGUAUCUUUUGCCAGCUGCACAAAAAAAGAGGUCGCUAAGAGAACUUACUGCUCUUGUAGUCUUUGGAAAUGAUGAUGACAAGUUGGUCUCUGCACAAGAGAAGUCGCAAGAAAGACUUACUGGGCCUGUGCAAGGUUCUCCCCAGUAUCUUUUGCCAGCUGCAGAAAAAGAGAGGUCACAAAGAAAACCUGCUGGUCUUCUAACCUAUGGAAAUGAUGAUGGCAAGUUGGUCUCCGCACAAGAGAAGUCGCAAGAAAGACUUACUGGGCCUGUGCAAGGUUCUCCCCAGUAUCUUUUGCCAGCUGCAGAAAAAGAGAGGUCACAAAGACAACCUGCUGGUCUUCCAACCUAUGGAAAUGAUGAUGGCAAGUUGGUCUCUGCACAAGAGAAGUCGCAAGAAAGACUUACUGGGCCUGUGCAAGGUUCUCCCCAUUAUCUUUUGCCAGCUGCAGAAAAAGAGAGGUCACAGAGAAAACCUGCUGGUCUUCUAACCUAUGGAAAUGAUGAUGGCAAGUUGGUCUCUGCACAAGAGAAGUCGCAAGAAAGACUUACUGGGCCUCUGCAAGGUUUUCCCCAGUACUGUAUGAGGAGGCCCUGUUUCGGUUUGGUUGAUAAUGAGGAUGAUGGUGAAGACGACUAUGUGUUCUCUGAGACAAAGGCUUCAGUUCGUGAACGAAUGGUCAGAGAGGGGUCAGUAAUUCCCAGGGAAGUACAGAAGUCUUGGUGGGAUGCGGUGGGUGCAACGUAGCAGGAAAUAGCAUGCUGGUAGAUAGAAUGAACGAUAGAUGAUUAACUCGUACAACUCUUGCUGGGUACCAGGUUUGUUAAUUAAUAGGAAUGGGACUGGCUGACCAUGAACACACAACAGAAAUCAACAUGACACCAACCUAACUCUUGACAUUGAAGUUCCUCUGCUGUUCAGGAGGAUGUUGUGUACUUUAGGUAUGUUCUUCUUUGUGAAUCCUUAUAUUAUUUCGAUAAAAUAUAUAUGUACAUAAAUAGACAGACCAGGAAUGUUUGGAAUCCUAAUUGCACCAAGCUUUCAGUUGGGAGUUUGGAAGGGGUACAAUCUUCUUCUCUUUUUUGUCCCUUCCCUUCCUUUAAAAUUCAUCCUGCGUGGACUCGAAAACUAGACCUCUACUGCUGUGACUUCGAAUUACAGAUUAAAAUAUUGGG